UUUUUUUUUUUUUUACAAUGAAGCCGAAGCGCUUCUGUCCGGACGGUCGGAGCGGUUUGUGUCUCAAAUAACUGCUCUGAAAUGUAGACAGGAAAGCCGCUUGACCUUCUGUUCAGGUAUGGUGAUUCUCCAUUUAUAAGUAUCAAAAUCCAUGCUGGGAGUGGAUACGAUGGCAGUUCAUGGCUUCCACUGGAGCUGAGGACUUGAGAAAGGGGGCAUCGCAGCCAACCCUUGUCCAAACAAAAUCUGCAAUCGUGCAUUCGUCCAACAAUCGUGCGUCUUCUGCUCUUGUUGAAAGGAAAUGGCAUCAUCCUUCAGCCUUUGGUGGCUCUGUGCCUCGGCCUAAUGUGAAAGUGGUGUAUGAGCGGACCCAUCAUUUCUCAGGGAUCUCCUCACAGCGUGCCUCUCCGUCAGUGCCUGCAGGGGUUGUAUGUGCCCAAAGCACAGGUGCUCAUCUUUCUAGCAGUGGUCGGGAUAUAAGAGCACACAGUGCUGUCACGAAGAGCUUAAUUCACAUCAGUGGUCCCUCGACUGUGUGUCAAAGCACUUGUCAUCUGGAGCCAGUUCUUCACGGAUAUCAGUCACACAGACACCUGAACCCGCUCAGGUUAAGGUCAAGACUUUUAGGAAAAAGAGCUUUUGCACCUCCACUCUCAGUGUAUCCUCUUUGUCCUUCCCCACCCAAGACAUCCUCUCACAAAGCGUCUGUGAUAGUUGAGAAAACCAUGCCUGUGAAUCAGUCUUACCCAUGGUCGAGGAGUAAGCUCCGAAGCAACAGCAACGGGGUUCUACCAUCCUCCACUGCCAAGGUGUCUCCAGUUGCCAGGCUAGAGACGAAAGAUUUGGAGAAGUCUAGUGCUCAACUUUCUGGUAAGACAGAAUGCAAAGCAGAAAUAAUAAAACACAGCCAAACAGCAGUGCCUUUAGAGGAUAAAUACGCACACGUGCCUCUAAACCAUAUUUCAGACUUGUCUGAUUAUGACAAGGUUGUGUCUGUGGAUGCUAAAGAGAACGAGUAUGUAGUGAAAUGCUGUGUGGGCCAUGGCACCAGUGAAACGCCUCAGAGAAUGAGGAAAGUUAGCUCGGAGGUAGAGUUCACGGCAGCUGUACGAAAGCUCACUAAAAACAUGGCACACGGAGGCAACGGGACACUAGAUGGUCUGAGUGGUCCGCUAACAGCCAACUUUGAUCCUCAGUACAACAGGAGAGAAGUAAAGACGGGUGCCAAUUCCGCAACGCAAACCUCAACGUUUUGCCUUAUUAAUGGGAGUGAGGAGUUUUACAUGGACACGCAUCCCUCCAAUUCCCUUUGCCAAGAUGAAAAUUCUCCUACUGAUGGAAUGACUCCGGACAGUGUAUGUGCCAUUCCAGAGGACGUCGGUUGCAAAACGGACUCUCCUCAGUCACCCACUGUUUACUCAGUAAUGAACCAAAUAUCUGCCAUACACCUUACAAAGGACUGCUGUCAGCACACCUCAGAAAAGGACCCAACCGAAUGCCCUAUGACUCUGGAUGAGGGGAGUCUGCCUGAUGUCAGGGGUAAGGUGAAUGUUGCUGUGUUACGGGAUGGUGAGGAGGAAGAGGAGCUUCCAGAUGAGUUGGAGAAUGUCUGCAGUGACAAUAAUGAUGACGGAUCAGGAUCCGAUGCCUCUUCAGCACCUUCUAUGGCGGUGUCAUCAAAUAUUGAGGAGCCCAUGAGCUGUGAGUUGGAGGAAUAUCAGGAGGUGAAGCCAGCAUUGGUGCCCAGCCUGUUCCCCUUCAGGCCCCCUACGUUAUACUUCAGUACAGCCAACGAACGUGUGGAGCUGCUUCCUCUGGAGCAGAGGAGUCUUCUAAAAUGGAAAAUGAGUACCGUCACCCCUAAAAUAGUCAAGCACACAAUCACUAGAUCCCAUUUCAAAGUCACCAAGAAGAAUCAUGAUUGGCUGGGCUGCUGGGGUCAACAUAUGAAGUCACCCGGGUUCAAGGCCAUACGAGAGUACCAAAAGCUGAAUCAUUUUCCAGGUUCCUUUCAGAUUGGACGGAAAGACCGUCUGUGGCGGAACCUGUCCAAAAUGCAGACGCGGUUUGGCAAGCAGGAGUUUGGCUUCUUCCCACGUUCCUUUGUGCUCCCGCAGGACAUGAAACUGCUGAAGAAGGCCUGGGAGGAGGGAGGGAGCAGGCAAAAAUGGAUCAUCAAACCGCCUGCUUUAGCCCGAGGAAUUGGUAUUCAGGUUAUUCACAAGUGGAGUCAAAUGCCACGCAAGAGACCUCUCCUUGUGCAAAAAUACCUUCAUAAGCCCUACCUCAUUAGUGGGAAUAAAUUUGAUCUGCGUAUCUAUGUGUACGUGACCUCUUAUGAUCCACUCCGUGUUUACAUCUUCAACGAUGGACUCGUCCGCUUUGCAAGCUGCAAGUAUUCCUCUUCAAUGAAAAGCCUUGGCAACAAAUUCAUGCACUUGACAAACUACAGUGUAAACAAGAAGAACUCUGAAUAUCAGACCAACAGUGAUGACAAGGCCUGCCAGGGUCAUAAAUGGGCACUGAAGGCGUUAUGGCAGUAUUUGGACUCCAGAGGGAUUAACACCACUCUUAUCUGGGAGAAGAUUCAGGACAUGGUCAUUAAAACCAUCAUUGUGUCAGAUCCAUAUAUAAACACCCGGGUGAAGAUGCAUGUGCGUUCCCCAUACAGCUGUCAUGAGCUGUUUGGUUUUGAUAUCAUGCUGGAUGAGAACCUGAAGCCAUGGGUUCUUGAAGUCAACAUCUCUCCCAGUUUACACUCCAACAGUGCGCUGGAUGUGCGUAUUAAGGGCCAAAUGGUCCGUGACGUCCUGAACCUUGCUGGUUUUGUGCUGCCUAAGAAAGAAGACCUCCUCUCCAGCAGCUCGAGCAGCAGUGGCAGCAGCUCCACCAGCAGUUUGUAUGAAGGAGCACGAGAGAGAUCAAGAUCAGACCUGUCCCCAGAUGAGAAACUGAAAAGAGCUUUCUAUGUCACCCAGAACACUGGGGACCAGGAUUUCUACUCCACGAUUUUGGACGUGUUAACUCCUGAUGAUGUGCACGUUCUGGCUGAGAGCGAGGAUGAGCUGAGUCGUCUGGGAGACUUUGAACGCAUCUUCCCUUCCGCUGCCUCCUCCCGCUACCUCCGUUUCUUUGAGCAGCCUCGCUACCUCAACGUGCUCCUUAAUCAGUGGGAACAGAAAUACAGUCAAAACCGGAGCAAAGGCAUCGAACUGCUGAGAAGUCUGUGUCAGAAAAGAGUACACUUGGGGAACCUUGCUGAUUCUGCACAUCAUUGGUCUGCAAAAUCCAACCAUGAACACUGUUCAGACUUCCAGAGCACCACAUUUGCCAAGACAAUGUUUACAAAGUCAAGGGCAGUGAAUAAGCAUGCAAGCUUCCAGCUGGAUGAUGAUGAUGAUGAUGAUGGUGGUGAUGAGUGGUCUGAUCACGAUGUUCAGUCAGUGACCUCCAGUAUUCCAGACAUGAGUCUGAUGGGAUCAGUGAGCCCAAAUUGAAGUAUGGCCAGUGCCAGUCUGCCUCACCAGGAUUACUUGUGAGAGCAAUCGUGUACUCUGAGACAAGUGAACAUCCAGGGUUUAAAAACAACGCACAAAAUCACAAAUAAUUGCACAUUUGCAGAGUUUGGUAGAGGGUGCUGGGGUUUUCGUCUUAUCAAAAGUUGCUCGGAACAAACUUUAUUUUUACAUAAUUCUCUCCUCCCAAUUUAUUCAGCAAGUAUCUGCCCCCUCAGGAAGUGGUGUUCAUAGUUAACUGGCCAGACUGAUGACUGUUUUUAAUCACACAUCAAUUUCACUAUUUCCAAAACUACACCUUUCGAGGAUGGACCGGUAGACAUGUUUGAAGCACAAAGAUCUAUAUGCAUAUGCUGUGUCUAUAUAUGCAAGUUUCUCUUCUGUUGAAAGGAGCUGCUCUGGAGUCAUGCCUGAGUGCAGGAGCCAAUCAGAUUCCUUUCUUGGUUUGUUUACAUUUUGGAAAGACCCACCAUUGAGGGUCAGUACUACUUGCAAGUGAAUUUUAGGAAAAAAAAUAUUGUUAACUGUAACACCACCACCAACAAUAAUAAUACUUAUUAAUUUAUAAUGUCAUCCAUUUUAUCCUCAGUAAAUAAAUAUCUGGUGUAGGAUUUUCACAUUAAAAGUAUUUGAAAAAUCAA